CCUCACAGCGCUGGUCGCCAUCCAUCCUCCUCCUCCUCCACCUCCUCCUCCUCCUCCUGGACCACAACAGAUGGUGACAACAACAACAUUGCAUUCGGCGCGGACGCACAGCAACACGCCGCGACAUCCUGUCCGUACAAGGCCGGGCCUUUCGACCGCAAUGCUCCAGGGGCAGCACGGCGUGAGCCUGUGACUCGCCGCACAGCAGCCCCCCCACACGACCACCGGGAAGAAGCUUCUCGCCUGCCUCCGUCGAGCGGGGAAGAUGGCCGCUAUGAAAAUGUUAACCAGCGGCGGGCUCUUCCUGGCGUUCUGUGCGCUGGGGCUGCUCGCCAUGGCUAUUUGUACCGACUAUUGGUACGAGACGGACGCGAGGAGACACCGGGAGAGGUGUAAAAACUACGCCAACAAACGCAACGACCCGGGCUACAUCUACAUCUCCAACCACAACCUCCCUCUCCAGAUGCCUCCGAGGAAGACCGCGGAGGCCCGGCCUCUCCUCAGGGGGAAGCGGCACUUCGUGGCGGCAGCCUCCGCGAUGGAGUCCCACUGCAGUCGUCAGUUUAACUCCACCGUGUCCGGCCUUUGGAGGAAGUGUCACCGGGAGGGAUUCGACCUGGAGACGGAGGACCUUAUUUAUAAAGGGAUCAUUCAAAGAUGUACCCCAGUAAAGUAUCACUACACUUCGUCCAUCCUUCCACGAAACUUGUCUGUAAACAUCACGAAGACCAUACGACAGGAUGAGUGGCAUGCACUUCAUCUAAGAAGAAUGACGGCUGGCUUCGUGGGUAUGGCCGUGUCCAUCAUUCUUUUUGGCUGGAUCAUUGGAGUGCUGGGAUGCUGCCAGCAGCAUGACCUCAUGCAAUAUGUAGCUGGGCUACUCUUUCUAAUGGGAGGAACAUGCUGCAUCAUCUCGUUAUGCACAUGCGUGGCCGGCAUCAACUUCGAGUUGUCCCGCUACCCUCGCUACAUGUACGGCCUCCCCGAGGACAUUAGCCAUGGCUAUGGCUGGUCCAUGUUUUGUGCCUGGGGCGGCCUCGGCCUUACGUUGCUCGCCGGCUUCCUCUGCACCUUAGCCCCAUCUUUGAGCACGCCGGCUCGCACGACGACCCACAAGCCGAGGCAAGAAAACGGAACCGUGUGACACUAAGCGCACACAUCACACAGACUACACUUUUCAAAACCUUAAUGUUCAAAUCGGAAACUCUUUUUUUUGGUCUGGUCACCACCUCACCCCGUCCUCGACAUCGCCGUCCCUCUCAGUGUUUCAUUGUGCCUGAGUCCUGACAGCACACAGUUUUGGAGCAAAGAACCGAGAGACUUUCACACACAUGAUUUUGAACCCCCCCCGCCCUCCUCCAAAAAAAGGACAACUGGAAGUGUCCAACCUUACGUCUGACAGGCCAAUGGCUUGUAAUAGCACAAAUGUUUGGUGUUUUCGUCUUUGACUUGCCGACUUUAUGGCAAUCUGAAGGUGACUGUUUUACUAUGGUGCUCUCAUACACACUCCUAAAGGCACACGCACGCUCAUUUUCUCCUGACGAGGGAAAUUCUACAAAAAAACAACAACAUCAUGACAAGGAGUGACCAUUGUUUACUGUCGGUGUAGCGCCAAGAUCGCAUCGGAUACCUGUAUUCUCUCUGCUGGGUGUGCAAAAAUCGCAUCAAAACAUUUGAUUAUGGACAGAAUUGUUCUAAAUGUACAAAUGUGUCUACAAGUAGGUCCCACUUCAUUUGAUUUUGAAUAAGGUUGUUUGUAUCUGUUAGUGUUGAGGCAAUGGUGCCUGGCAGUAUGGAGGUGCAGCCUCAGCAGGAUGGUCCUGGAGAUUUGUGCUUGAGGGAUAAAUCAGUAAUGCGGACGCUGUAUCGGUGCGUUGUGGUGAAGAAGGAGCUGAGCCGGAAGGCAAAGCUCUCAAUUUACCGGUCGAUCUACGUUCCCAUCCUCACCUAUGGUCAUGAGCUUUGGGUUAUGACCAAAAGGACAAGAUCACGGGUACAAGCGGCCGAAAUGAGUUUCCUCCGCCGGGUGGCGGGCUCUCCCUUAGAGAUAGGGUGAGAAGCUCUGCCAUCCGGGGGGAACUCAAAGUAAAGCCGCUGCUCCUCCACAUCGAGAGGAGCCAGAUGAGGUGGUUAGGGCAUCUGGUCAGGAUGCCACCCAAACGUCUCCCUAGGGAGGUGUUUAGGGCACGUCCGACCGGUAGGAGGCCACGGGGAAGACCCAGGACACGUUGGGAAGACUAUGUCUCCCUGCUGGCCUGGGAACGCCUCGGGAUCCCCUGGGAAGAGCUGGAAGAAGUGGCUGGGGAGAGGGAAGUCUGGGCUUCCCUGCUUAGGCUGCUGCCCCCGCGACCCGACCUCGGAUAAGCGGAAGAAGAUGGAUGG